CUCUUGUCCACCGAACAUUCCUGAUUUACACCACCACAAUAAUGUCUCUCACAAUACCACAGGCCUCCCAGGCUGGCCUCUUCAAGCCCGGGUACAACAGCUAUGAUGCUGAAGAUGGCGCCGUCAUCCGCAAUAUCGAUGCCUGCAGAACGAUUGCUCAGACAGUCCAAACGUCCUUGGGACCUUAUGGCCGGAACAAAAUAGUCAUAAACCAUCUUCAAAAGAUGAUCCUGACGUCCGACGCUGCCACAAUCCUCCGCGAACUAGAGGUGGUCCACCCCGCUGCAAAACUGCUUGUGAUGGCCAGCCAACAACAAGAGGCGGAGAUGGGAGACGGAACCAACAUGGUUAUAAUUCUAGCAGGCGAAUUGCUGAAGAAGGCGGAAGAAUUAAUACGAAUGGGUCUCAAGACAAGCGACAUUGUAUCUGGCUACGAGAAAGCCCAGUCCUUUGCAUUGAAGUGCCUACAGGACCUCGAGGUCGACAGUGUCUCAGAUAUGCGCUCAGCAGAAGAACUCACCAAGGCUCUACGCACAGUCGUCGCCGCGAAACAGUCCGGGUCAGAGGACGUUGUGUCAGAACUGAUCGCCGAGGCAGUCCUGGCGGUCCUUCCCAAGAACCCCGCCAACUUCAACGUGGAUAACAUCCGGGUGGUCAAGAUCAUGGGAGGUGACCUGUCAUCUUCCAAAGUCGUCAAAGGCAUGGUCCUAGGCCGGGAGCCAGACGGGACCGUGAAACGUGCCAAAAAGGCCAAAGUCGGAGUCUUCUCCUGCCCGAUCGACACCUCCCAGACCGAGACAAAAGGCACCGUGCUGCUCAAGAACGCAAAAGAAAUGAUGGACUUUUCCAAGGGCGAGGAAUCGCAACUCGAAGCUGCCAUCAAAGAACUCUACGACUCCGGCCUGCGGGUCGUCGUCGCCGGCUCAACAAUUGGCGAGCUCGCCCUGCACUACCUCAACCGCAUGGGCAUACUGGUCAUCAAGAUCCUCUCCAAGUUCGAACUCCGCCGUCUCUGCCGUGUCUGCAACGCCACGCCCCUCGCACGUCUCGGCGCCCCAAUGCCGGACGAAAUGGGCAGCAUCGACGUCGUCGAGACCACCGAGAUAGGCGGCGACCGAGUCACCGUCUUCAGGCAGGACUCGGACACUGCCACGACACGAACCGCAACCAUCGUCCUCCGAGGCGCGACGCAGAACCACCUCGACGACGUCGAGCGCGCGAUCGACGACGGCGUCAACGUCAUCAAGGCCGUGACCAGAGACGCCCGCCUGGUGCCCGGCGCCGGCGCCACGGAGAUGCAACUCGUCGAGCGCAUCACCCAUUUCGCCGACAAGACGCCUGGCCUCCCCCAAUACGCCAUCCGUAAAUACGCGGAAGCAUUCGAAGUCAUUCCACGUACCCUGGCCGAGAGCGCAGGUCUCGACGCCACCGAGGUCCUGGCCCGUCUGUACACGGCACACCAGCAACGUCUCAACACCAACGAAGUCAAGCGACGAACGGCCAAGGAUGACGACGAAGACGAAGAAGAUGAGAGCUCGUCGUCGAAUGAAGAAGAGGAGGAGUCGUCUUCGUCGGGCACGUCAGAUGAUGAACCCUACUGGGCCACGGGCGUCGAUCUUGAAGGUUCGGACUCCACCGGUGUCUUGGACGCCGUGGACGAGCAGAUUCUCGACCUCCUCGUGACCAAGAGCUGGGCCAUCAGACUCGCCACCGAGGCUGCCCGCACUGUCCUCAGCGUCGAUCAGAUCAUCGUCGCGAGACAGGCCGGCGGGCCGAAACCUCCUGGGCCCAACCCAAACUGGGAUGAGGAUUAGAAGAAGAGGAUGACAGAACGAUGGCUAUGCGGUCAUUAGAGUUAUAUUUCUGUCUGCUCUUUCCUUGUCAGGAGGCACGCAGUAUUUGAAAUCUCGAUCGAACUUGGCUCCUCGCCAUCGCCACUCCACACUUUCACUGACUGGUGUAAGCGGGCUGACGGUCUUCUCGGAACGCGAGAUACGGGCGGGCGCUGAGGAAGAGUAUCUACCACCUCGUCACAUGGAUCCUUCUCUAUGCGAUAGAUCUCAGCUAUGAGGGCUGGUACAUGUCUUGCGAGUCGACGCUCAAGGGAACGAGGUCAAUCUGGACGAGGAUGAUGUUAUAAGAAACGUCGAUCUGAACGAUAGCAGAACUACCAGAAAAUGUAGCAAACAGACAAUGAGAGAAGCCCACCAAGAACUUGC